AUGCAGGCCAAAGCCAAAUGGUGGUUUCAGGUCUCGAAUCACACUGUCAAGACUGUUCUUUUAGCAAAGCUCGACGAGAGUCAGCUUACGAUCUUCUUGGAGAGGUGGGAGGAGAGACAGCUGGGGCAAACUGGUGAGGGAGAGGUCGAAUGGGUGGCGGCCCGUCAACAGACCAUUACCAUUUCUCAUACUGGUUCGAAUCCGCCAGUGUAUCGAGUGACCGGUGGUGAUUUGAUGCUAAAUCUCAAACUGCUGCUUCUGGAUAGUUCGCUCCAGGAAGAGGAAUACGUUGUUAUGACUACUGACGAUUUCCAAGACUAUGCUGGACGAGUGCUUGAGUAUGCCCUAGCGCGACAUGCUGUAUCGAGAUGA